GCGAGACAGCUGUGCACAUUGGAGUGAGGUACUGUCAGCUGGAGGUGGUCCAGAGACUCCUCCUCUACACUGUGCAGGAGAUGACCACACAACACGCUGUCGAUCUCGUCAACUGUGGAAACAAGGAGGGUGAGUCGGCUCUGCACUUGGCGGCUGACCUGACAAGUGACUGUGCACACUACAACAGAGAAGAGGUCAAACUGAUGAAGCUCCUGCUGGACUACCACGCCGACCUCUUCCUCGAAUCACACGGAGACGCCCCUGCAUUACUGUGCAAGAGGGGGCAAUGCUUCAACUCUGUCUGUUGUGCUGGAGUACCUCACCGCAGUCAGUGUACACACAUACGAACAGAACCAGACCCAGAAAAAGAGUGGCAACAAGGGAGAGGCGGCCAACGAUGUGCGGAAGAAGUCUGUGAAUGCCACCCAGCUAAGGAGCCUCAACAUUCGCAACAAGGCUGGAUGGUCCCCCCUCAUGGUGGCGAGUGAGAGUGGACAUGGGGAGGUAGUGGAGAUGCUCCUCAACCACAACGUCCGAGUGGAUCUCUUCGAUGAGGGUGGCAACACAGCGCUGCACUAUGCGUGUGCGCGUGGCCACACCGAGAUAGCGGAUGAGCUGAUGUGGCACAAGGCCUUCGUGAAUGCCAGAACGAGACUGGGAGUGACGCCACUGCACCUGUCUGCUCAGUAUGGACAUGCCAGAUUGAGCCAGCUGUUGAUCAACUCGCACAACGCCACAGUCGACAUACUCUCAUUGACCCGCAAGACACCGAUGCACUUGGCCGCCCAGGAGGGCCAGAUAGAUGUGUGCCAGGCACUGCUGGAUCUCAACGCAGACCCAUUCGCCAAGGACAUGGAGGAGCAGACGCCUCUGCACUUGGCGGCAGAGAAGGACUUCAGUGAGGUGGUGAAGCUGUUCCUGAGCUACAACCAGGACCUGGUCAAUGUGUGCAACAGUGAGGGCAGAACCUGUGCUCACAUUGCAGCCUCCAAAGGCAGCAUGAGUGUCAUCAAGGGCUUAGUGAAGUUCAACCCAGAGGGUCUGGUGCUCGACAAGGACUCUGUCUCCGGAAACACUACUCUCCAUCUGGCUGCUUCUGGUGGGUUCCAGGACAUAGUCAGUCUACUCCUGGACAAUGGCGCCAAUGCUCUCGAGGAGAAUGAUGAAGGACUCACCCCCCUCCACCUGGCAGCAAUCUUCGGCCACACCAAUGUGCUGGAGGUGUUCAAGGGGGCCCAGGUGUCCCUGAACUACUGCAGCAGGGAGAGUGGCCUCACCGCCAUACAUAUGGCCGCCCACUAUGGCCAGACUGAGUUCGUUCAGGAACUGCUGCAGGAUGUGGGUGCUCAAGCGGCCAGUUCUCCCCCCGCCGGGCUGCCCCCCGCAUACUCCAUCGGCCACAGUGACCUAGGGGGAGGGGGCAACCAGGGUGGGGGCGAUGGGGGGUUAGGUGGGGGUGCUGGUAUGGAGUCUGAGGGAAUUGAGUAUGGCUUCACCCCCCUCCACCUGGCAGCCGAGAGUGGGUGGGAGAAUCUGGUCAGACUGCUCCUCAACUCACCCGGAGUGCAGCCGGAUGUUCACACUUCAUUGCACGGCACCACACCCCUGCACCUGGCAGCCCAGGCGGGCCACUCCAACGUGAUAGGUCUGCUCCUCUCCAAACACGAGGGGCUGCUGAGUGUCUAUGACGGGAGAGACAGGAGUGCCCUGCACAUGGCGGCUGCCAAUGGACACAGGGACUUGUGUGUCCUUCUGGUGGGACAGGGCGCCGAUGUGAACAAAAAGGACGUGAAUGGGUGGACCCCUCUGCACUUCGCAGCCAAAGCGGGUCACCUGGACACUGUGGAGGCUCUGAUGGAGAAUGGGGCCAGUGGACUGUUGGAGACGAAGGACCACAAACAGCCCAUCUGCUAUGCAGCUGCACAAUCACACUACGAAGUGCUGAUCUAUCUGUUGAAGCGGGAACACAACAGCCACACACUCGUCAAGGACUCCAGGUUCAUCUUCGACAUGAUCCAGUGUAGUGACAGUGCAGAGGAUCCUUACAAGGUGGUGAGGUACUUCAUCCUCUGGUCCCCCGCCCCCCUGGAGAUAGCACUCAAGCUCAGUGCCAGCUAUGCAGAGCAGAGUGUGCAGCGGAAGGACAGGGCCAAGGAGUUCUUUCUGGCCAGUAGCUUCUGCCAGACGAUGGGUGUGGACCUGACCAGCGUCACCACUUCUAUAGUCGACACUGAGGACGUCGCAAAUUCUCUGGACCUGCAUGGAUCCUCCCUGCUGGACAUCAUGAUAGAGUGUGAACAGAAGGAGGUGGUGGCCCAUGCCAGUGUCCAGAAGUACCUCUCAGAUCUAUGGAUGGGACACUACACUGUAGCACCCUGGAUGAUCUUCAUGCUGUUGGUGGCCAGUCUACUGCCCCCUGUGUUCUUCCUCCUCUCCCUUCCCAUCCGUCGCUUCACCCUCAACCGAAUCCCCCUCCUCAAGAUGCUUCUCUACAUCAUCUCCCACCUCUACUUCAUAGCACUCCUCUCCCUCACCAUCGCAUUCAAACUGGACUGGAGGACCACUCAGGACAACCUACUCAUACCCAGGUGGAAUGAGUGGCUACUAGUGCUGUUCAUCUGUGGACUGGCCCUCUCUGAAAUACUGCAGCCGUCCAGUCUGAAUGGACUGAGCAGUCUCAAGAUAGUCGUCAUCCUCCUCGGCUGCAUCUCCAUCCUCAUACACGCAGCCGCAUUCGCCAUCUCAGACUACGAGGGUCAGUAUGACAUGAUCUACAUCCGGAACCAAGUGCUGGGCUGUGUGUUGCUCUGCUGCUUCGCCCAACUGCUCGACUUCCUCACCUUCCACCACAUGUUCGGACCCUGGGCCAUCAUCAUCUCCGACCUGAUGAAGGACCUGUUCCGCUUCAUGAUACUCAUGGGUCUCUUCAUACUUGGAUUCACACUCCAGGUGUCGACAAUCAGACAGCCGGCGUACCCGGAGGACUUCUGCACCUCCAUAGGCAGACACCCCCUGAAGAACCCCUCGACUGGACAGAACAACACCUACUACGUGGGGGGCAGGGUGGUGGUGGAGGACUUCACCAGGAUGGCCUUCACUCUGUUUGGACUGGUGGACUAUGCCGAGCUAAUCGAGGAAACGGUGUGCAUUCCCAUCUGGGCGGAGACCUGGUCGUUCUACGUGUAUGCACUGUACAAUGUGAUUGCACUGAUAGUCCUCAUCAACCUCCUCAUUGCCAUGAUGAGUGACACUUACCAGAGGAUAGAACAACAGAGUGACAUUGAGUGGAAGUUUGGGCGGGCGAUUCUGAUCCGGACGAUGAGUGGGAAGAGUCCAGCUGCACCCCCCGUGAAUGUACUGGUGGCCAUAUUCAUGCUGAUCUAUGGACUCAUCAAACACAGAGGCAAGAUGUGUUCUGUGCGGGAACUGAUGCGGGACGACAGUGCGGGGGCAAGGAAGGGGGAGGAGAGUGGGUGGGAUAAGGCAGAGAUGGGACAGGGGGGUGACACGGCGACUGUGGUCACGGCUGGCAGUGGGACUGGGGGAGGGGCUGGGGCGCUGGACCAGGAGGUGUUGUCCAACCACACCAAUGGCUCUAUCAAAUCAAGAGCUGUGGGGGCUGGGGGGAGUGUGGGGCGUGGCACUAUGGGCAAGAAGAAACACAGGGGCAAGAGGAGUAGUGACGACGAACACUAUAAGAUGGCAGUGCGCGUGGAGAAUGUGGUGGAUUGGGAUGUGGUCAUGAACAUGUACAAAGACAUGCAACACAUGGACGAUGAUGCCCUGGAAGACAACAGACACCAGACAGACCACAAGAACUAUGACCUGGGGGGUUCCUUCAGUGCCACCAGGGCCAUCGACAACUCCUUUGACAUCCAGCUGCCCACCUGGAAAACAGCUGCAGCUGCGUCCUCCUCCGAAGUGUGAACAACUAGGCUACAAUUACGACAUAUACAACCAAAGCACAUAAACAAUAACAACAAACAACAAUGCAAUCAGACUAAUUCACAUCAGCUACCACGUGUGAACAAAUAUGAACGUAUUUAGACAGAGAAAAAGGAAAAACAAGCUUACCAAUCAAUAACAUCACUAUCAGACACGCUUCCUCUUUAUCUGUUCACGCUUCUUUGAAACAGAAGUUUGCAUUGUCUAUUUUGCACCAUAUGAAUUAUAGUUCUGAAUCUUG